AUGGUGCUAGGACGACUUACCCACUACGCUUUCGAUGCCGUUCUGAUAUCUGCCUUCCUUGCUGGGGUGAGAAGGAGUACUGGUCUCACGCCUACCAGUCUGAAGUCCAGCACCUUCGGCGAGAACAACAAGGAGGCCCAGACAUGGGUGGAUCGAUACUUGGGUGUUGGCGAAUGGGUCAUGGAUCAAUCGAUAGCAGUCAUGGGGAGCAGCGGCUUUUUCGAGCGAAAGAGAUGA